AUGAAUAAAUCUUCAAGUAGCAGUCCAAAACAUUCACAAUCUAAUAAUGCAAGGUCUAAUAAAUAUAGAAACUUUAUAAAAAAUGCUAACUUAUAACAAACUCAUACUUAAACAGAAAUAGAUGAGUUGUUAAUUGCUUCACCUUUAUAAUCUUUCACUGCUGCAAGAGGUCAUAAAUUCAAGGCCUCUUUUAGCAAGUUUUUGGCAGGAAAUAUCGAUACUAAAUAAUUGAUUGAUCACAGCAAUUUUCCAACAAAAAUAGACAAAAUGAAUGACAAAUAUGAGUAUGUGAAAUCUCAUAAAGAAUCUGUUUGCUCUUUCAAAGAUUAAAUAAUUAAUAAAGAACAUCUACAAUCGAACCUGUUAGAAGAGAAAUUAGCCAAAUUGAAGAUUGCAAGUAACAAAAUGGAGGUUGAAAACAAGAGAGAAAGAAUUUAUGAAUUAUCAUUGCAAGUAAAGAAGGACAAAAGAAAGUUGUCAAAAUAAGAGAACGCUUUAUUGAGAUGGAAGAAAAUUAAAGAUGUAAUACAAAAUAAUAUACAGUUAAGAAGAAUGAUAAUAGAAGAAAAAAGAAAGCAAACAAAAUUUUUGGAUAAUUUAGAGAUUGCUUUUCAUAAGUCCUCUGAGUUCUACAUUUAGAAUUUAAGAUUUCAUUAAUUGCGUACAAUGACAGUGCUCAAAGAAAAAAAACUGUUUCAUUCAAAUUGCUAAAAUCUAAGUCCCAGACAUUAUCAUUUUAUGUUAAGUUUAUAAUUUAAGGAAAACUCAGACAAUUUCUUAUUUACUCGAUUUACAACAAUACCUGAACAUGUCUAAAAUCAAAUGAAAAAUAACGAUUAAAUUUAUGAUAGAAUAUUAAAUCUUUAUUUAAAUAAAAAAGACAUAUAUUUGUAAUGGGUAUAGGAGUAAAAAUAUAGGAAGGUUAUCAAAUGGAAAUAAAGUAAAUUAUAAGUAUCAAAUGAUCUCCAUUCAAACACUGCAUCUUCCUCAGGUUUAAAUAAGCAUAAACCAAUGCAAAGAGUAUAAAACCCCUUUUAGCAAACUUAAAGAGUUAAAGAUUACAAAAGCAAAUUAAUUGAAUAAGUUAAUGAUGUUGAACACAUAGAUUAAGACUCUAGAAGUCAAUUAAAAUAACUUUUACAAAAGAGUAAUAACAAAAAGAAGAAUUCUGAGGGUGUUAUCAAACAUAAUAGAUUUCUAUCAUAUCCUUCUAAUUCAAAUAAUGAUUAAAUUGACGAUUUCUAAGAUAAUAUAUCAAAUGCCUCUAUAACAGAAGCCUUAUUGGAUUAAUUGUAUUCAGGAGCUAAUAAUUUAUAAUAGAAGAUUAACAAUAACAAAGGAUUAACCUUUUAGAGGAAAGUCCGAGAUUAUUUGAGAUUAGAAGAAAUUAAAUUAUAAACUAUUCGUGCUAAUAAUUUAAAACUAAUCCCAAAAUAAAAUUAUUGA